AUGUACGAGGUGCUCAAGUCUUGUUUCUGUUCCAGUGGUGCCAGUGGAGGGUUUCUGAGCUCGGAAGCAUCUGUCACAGCCUGGGGGACCACACUGGGGCCCAUGAAUGAAAGCGACCACACCUUAACUGAACUUGAUUCAAAAGACUUGAUUUGGUAUGUGCCGAUCUUCAUCACUGCCCUGGUCGGCCUGGCAGGAAACGCCACUGUGCUCUGGCUCCUGGGUUUCCGCAUGAGGAGGAACGCCUUCUCCGUCUACAUCUUCAACCUCUCAGGAGCUGACUUCAUCUUACUCUUUUGCUCUAUUUUGCAUGCCCUGGAGACACUCAUCAAGCUCUUCUAUUCCAUCUCCAAGUCCUUCCCUGACUUUUUCGUCACUGCAUCGAUCUUUUCCUACAUCGCAGGCCUGAGUUUUCUCAGUGCCAUCAGCACGGAGCGCUGCCUGUCCAUCCUGUGGCCCAUCUGGUACCGCUGCCGCCGCCCCAGACACAUGUCAGCUGUCAUGUGUGCCCUGCUCUGGGCCCUGUCCCUGCUGCUGAGCAUCCUGGAAGGGAGCUACUGUGGCUUCCUGAAUAGGAAUUUACAUCACUUUUGGUGUCAGACAUUUGAUUUCAUCAUUGUCGCCUGGCUGAUUUUGCUGUUUGUGAUUCUCUCUGGGUCCAGCCUGGCCCUGCUGACCAGACUGCUGUGUGGCUCUUCACGGGUGCAGCUGACCAGGCUCUUCGUGACUGUUGGGCUCACAGUGCUGGUCUUCCUCUGCUGUGGCCUGCCCUUCGGCAUCCAUUGGUUCCUCUUAGUCUGGUUUCAAAAGGAUAUUGAUGCCUUAUUUCAUCUUUACCUGAUUGUCUUUCUUUUGUCCUGUGUCAACAGCUGUGCCAACCCCGUCAUUUACUUCUUUGUUGGCUCCUUUAGGCAGCGAUGGUGGAAGGGACAGACCCUGAGGCUGGUUCUCCAGAAGGCUCUGCAGGACACCCCUGAGGUGGAUGAACAUGGAGGAAGCCUUCCUCAGGAACCCCUGGAGAUGUCGGGGAGCAGUCUGGUGUCCUGA